AAGUUUUUUCCCGUUGGCUAUAUUCAGCCCUUUGGCUUCUCUCCUCCCCAAACAGAAGACAUCAGAGAGCUUUGGCACCAACUCUGCCAGUGCUCAGUUGCUUCCUACAGAUCCACCCAAGUCCUGGUAACUCACCAACUAAAACCACAAGGGGAUUCACUCAGUUAAAGUUUUACACUGCCCUGAGCUGGAGCUGAUUUUUAGUCCAAGCAGCACAGGAUUUGCAUGCAUGUUGCCUCAGGUUUGGCAACAGGACAGUCAGAUUCAUACAAAAGCAUUUUGAAGUUAAUUAGAGCGUUGCCUUUCAGCACAGUUAAUGAUCUGAGAAGAUGCAGUAAGCCAAGGCAGAUAAACUAGUCUGGGAUUUGGGUUGUCUGUGCUGCUGGCUGUAGACUCUAGACACACAGGAAGGAAAAGCUCACCCUGCAACUUCUGCAGGUCGUGGGCAAAGCAUUUAAAGGUUUCUGGGGAGAAGGAGUGCAGCAGUGGGUAGCGUGGGCAGACAGCUUGCUGCUGAACUGAAGCUUCUUUAUUUCACAGCAGGAGCAAAACUUGAAGUGCAGCAGACCAUAUGCAUGUCUGUCUGCCCAAAGCUUUCCCCUCUUUUAUAAUGAUGGUACAGGCUGUGCUGAGCCACGGCUCAAUAAAUAUCAGCCAAUUGUCUCUCUCCAGAGUGGCAAUUGCCUUCUGCACCCUCCAAGGGCUGAGGACAACUGGUGUAGCUGGAGUCAUUCUGCUCUCUCUUGGGACUACAGCAGAGCCAGGCAGUGCAGUCACCACCAAACAUCCCCACAGCCAGGUGUUUCAUGGGUUCAUCCUUUAGCACAGAGUAGCCUCAACACUGCCACAAAGUCCUCUCUGGGCAGGCAGUUAUACCUAUUGUUUUAAUGAAUCAUCUUCCCUUGGAGACUUGGGGACUCCCAAGUCCCAGGGUCUGGCUUUUAAUUAGGGGUAAAUGCAAAUGGAGAAGUAAGGUAUUACAGUGAUACCCAUAUACCUAAGGCAGCCGUGUUGUCAGCCUCCUGUCUUUCUUUUUCCUACACAUAUACAUGAGCUGUCCCCAAAUAUGUGUGUGCCGGGACGCACACAUUUUAUAUUCCACUAGUGAUAUGCCCCUCAGAGGUUUUUUUCAGCCUCACCAAAGGCAUAUAUCCACAUGCCUCUAGAAUAAAACAGGACAGUCUCAUCUGCCUCGGUAGUUCCCUGGUGAAUUUCCAUUCUUUCCUUAGAGCUCCGGUUUCUCCAUUUGUUGGGAUUACUGUAACCUUUUGUGUUCAAAAUUAUCGUCCCUUGUUUGCCCCAGGUUGCUUUAAAUAGAAGGGGAAAAUGAACAGAGGAGAUUAAACAGAGGAGAUUUGCUGGAGGAACGAGCAAAGCUCAUCUCACUUCUCAGAAUUGAUUCUCUGACCCUUUUUACUGUCUGUGCCCCUUUGAAAAAUCUCAUCCAGCUUUUAUCUGAACCGUUCCACCUUUUGCAAUAGAGGAAAGCCCCUGAAGCUUUUUCCGCCCUUUUAAAAGAAUCCACCUCUGCAGCCAGACACCAAGCUUAAUUUCUGGUAAGGUUUUGAAUCCCACUCACUCCUUUGUCUUGGCUUAUACGUCACCCUCUUCCUCUUGGGUGGGCAAAAAGGGGACGGGUGCUGCUGCUGUGCUGACUCCUCACUGGGUCACCCAGUGCUGCUGGGCUGUCUGGGCUAGGCUAUAAAACAGAGCCAAGGCAGCUCAGCUGGCUCAGAGACGAGACUGAAUUCUGCAGACAGCAAAGGACCAGCACGCAGCCUCUGCCGGCUCCUGCGUUGUUUUUCCUGGAAUACAGAACCGACCUCGGGAGCAAGAUGUGCAAGGGACUCGCUGCACUGCCAGCCACUUGCUUAAAAAGUGCCAAAGACAUGAAGUAUCGUCUGGGCUUCUUGCUACAGAAGUCAGACUCCUGUGACUACAGCUCUUCCCAGGGCAAGAAGGAGAAAGUAUCUUCAAGCCAGAGGGUUAGCCAAGAGGAAGUCAGAAAAUGGGCAGACUCUUUGGAAAACUUGAUCCAUCAUGACAGAGGACUGGCUGCUUUCCGUGCUUUUCUCAAAUCUGAGUACAGCGAGGAAAACAUCGAGUUCUGGGUCAGUUGUGAGGACUACAAGAAAACCAAGUCGCCAGCCAAGCUCAGCCCCAAGGCUAGAAAGAUCUAUGAUGAGUUCAUCUCAGUGCAGGCAACAAAAGAGGUGAACCUGGAUUCAUGCACACGGGAGAAGACGAGCCACAAUAUGUUGGAGCCUACACUGUCCUGCUUUGAUGAGGCUCAGAGAAAAAUAUUCACCCUCAUGGAAAAGGAUUCUUACCGCCGUUUCCUCAAGUCCCCCUACUACCUGGACUUGGUCAGCCCACCUGGUGCUGGCUGUGGGCCUGAAAACUGCAAAAGAAGCCACACUCACACCUUAGACUGCAACUCUAACAUCAUCUCUCAGUGCGCCUGAACCUGCAGCAAGGCAGGAGCAGGCUGGGCUCUUGCAAGAAUAUACGGCAGCAAAAGCAUUCAUUGGCAUGAAGCAACAGAGCUGUCUCCAAUAGCUGUCUAAUGUCCCAGUUGUAUCCCACGUCAUGCAACAGCCAGCAUUUGUAACCCAAACCAGGCUCAGUUUGUGUAGCAAACCCUCCUCUGACUCCAUCGGUGUAGGAGCCCCGGAGUCUGUGUCUGACAUGAAAGCUGGGUGCAAUCAUUGCAUGUCCGCUGUGUUUCUGGCGAGCCCUGCAAGCCCAGGAGGGCGGUGGGGGAGCACAGGCUCAGACCCAGCACUACCCACCGAGGGACCAGACUUGCAGUGUUGCGGUGUGACACCUAGCAAGGAGCAGGGGAAAGAGGAAGCCAAGGGAAGCGUUGGGGACUGUGGUCUCCCCUUUCUAAUUGGCAAAAGCUUAAAGGGAAAGGACUUUCUGUGGUCCUUAACUGUUCACAUAGCUCCCAAAUAUCUAGGCUUUCAGUAGUAUUUGCUCAGAACUUGGGCUGUGCUGCGUUACAGUAAUCAGACAUAGGGAGAGCUCGUACUCUUUCUUGAAGGGAGACCAAAACUUUUCAGACAAACAGCCUCCCUCGAUCACCACAGCCACAACUGCAGGGAAGCUCUCCCCUCCAGCUGCUUCUCCCUCUGUAGCAUCUAGUUUACACUGGCCAAGGAUCUUUCCUAGGGCUGUAUGGAGCUAUUAUUUUGGGGGGGAGGUUAAUUAUUUCAUAUAUUAUUAAUUAUGUCCUUCAUGCUCCCAGGUUAAAUACUGUAGCUGAGCAGAACAGAAACAUGUUCUUCUCUCCCAGACUUGACGGGUGUAUAUUACUGAUGCUGGGAGUGCCAUUUGGAUUCAGGUUUGUCUGCCCUGGCUUGUUUGUGAGGAGCAGUUUGUGAGGGAAUAGGACCACAACAGCUGGGGAGGAAAGGACCUGCUUAGGAGUACUUGAGAAAGUCUGUCUUUUCUUUUUUUUUUUUUUUUUUUUGGAUGUUAUUUGUGUGAGUUUGUAUUUCAGUAGUAGCAUGACUCACUUUUUUCCUGAAGAUGGUAGGAGGAAUGUGUCAGUCUCAUUACUGCUCCUGGGCUUUGCUGGAAGGCAGCUUACUUUUUAAUCACUGCGGUUAGACAUGGCCUUCACUGGGGGCUUCGGGACUGGCACUGACCUGCAGUUGGAGGCACAAGAAAUAGAUGCAGGGCUUGCUGUCUGGGGCUGCAGUACCAGGUAUCACACUCUCCCCCAGCCCUUGGUCUCUCCUUAGUUGGAUAUUGCUGCUCUGACAACCAUGUAUUCCUCGCUCUGCAUCCCAGUCCAGACAACAGUUCUCAUACCGGGCUUUUGACAUGGCAGGAGGAGGCUGUGGUUCUCCGGUAGGCACUUCCAGGCCCACAGAGAAACAUCUCUUUUAACAUUUGCUUUAUUUUGUAUUUAUUUGAUUGUACUGACAUAUACCACCCUGCAUGUUCAGCUAAGAGAUGGAGAGGCUUGCUAAAGCUCUGAACAUAGCCAAGCAUGUGGCUAUGUUUUGUUUUCCCCUGGUACUGGGAACUCUUGAUAACUAUUGCAAAAACUGUAUUGAUAUUUAAAUAAUGAUGAAUACAUUCUAAAUAAAAAUGUUUGCAUUA